GAGGAGGAACGUCAGAAACUUAUAUUGGAAGCCGCAGCAGAGGCUGAAAGAGAAAAACGAAGAGAGGAGCAAGAAGCACUGGAUGUGAUACAGGCAAAGCAAGAGCAAGAAAAAGCAACAGAAGGAACAGUCCAGCAGCUGGAACCAAAUCAGACACAACCAUUGCAGCAACAACGACAAGCCGAAGAAAUCGCACAAUCCUCAAGAAAGAUCGAGCCCCAAAUUAGUUCUGGAGACGUCGGACACAAAGAGAUUGCCAUCCCCUAUGAGAUACUUGACGCGAUCUACCAACAAACGUUGGAGUCGAGACUGGCGCUAAUCAAACCAUUACCGGAAAUUCCCAAUGAAACGGAAGAGAACGUGCUCACCUACUUUGAUAUCAGGGAAAUUCAUCCCCUUGAAAUCGAUAUGGACGCUGAUUUUAGUAUGGUAGGUUGGCCAGUGCGAAAGAAAAUGGCGAUUCACUAG